CACGCCAAGCAGAACGCGGAGUCCACGCAUUCUCAUGCAGACAGUGACUGUGCUGAGCGAGUUUUUCCUCAGUCCAAGCCCGCAGGCAUGAUUAUGGGCAAGCAUGUCAGUCAUGAUCCGGAUCUAGUAGAGGAUGAUCCAGCCCCAGAGGUAGAGCACACGAUAGUAUCACCACUUGACGCCUUGCGUUCUGUUACCCUUGACUCACCGAAACAUACCCACGCUCGAGAGGCACGCACUGGCAAUCACACUCAACCACUUCCGCAGAUACCAGCAGUCAGCUCUCCGAUCACGCAUGUCAGGGAUGCAUUGACCGCCCCGCUGCCCAUUCUACCUGCGUCCAGUUCCGCUCCUGAUUCAAUCACUAUGGUCAUUCCACUUAAUGACUCACCGUCUCGUACUCUUGCGCACAAGAGCAGCGCACCGCAAUUUCCAACACUUCGCGCUCCAUCUCCUCUACGUAAGUCGAUGCGCGUCGUAGGAGAACCAUCUACGGGCGCUGGGAAUUUUGCGUCAGCUGCUCCAGCACAAGCGCAACCUUCCGCACUGGGCAAACGUACGUCGUGGCUAAUGAAGGCUAGAGAAGUGAAAGCCAUGGAAGGCAUCGUGCAUAAUAAGGCAAGCAUUCUCGGCCCUGGUGUCGGCGCAAUGGGUCCCUCUGGCAACACCGUUGCUCCUUUGAAGCGGAAAAGUGGUGACAUGGCUGCUGCACCUUUAGCUUCAGACAAGACCAGCGAGGGGCGUAGAGCGAAAGUGGCAAAGGCCUCCAAGUCUGAUUCUGCUCCACAAAAUUUGAAGGACCCACCUUUGAACCAGGGGGCAGCUAUGCCGACUGAGACUCCUUCAUCCACCCUGGUGCCGACUAGAGCUAUGCAUCUCCCUGAGGAGCACUGGGAACCACUGAACGACAAGGAGGAAGAAGCUAGUUUCAUUGGGGUGUUCAAACGUACAGUUGAAGGUCUUGGUGCUCGCGCGGGUAAAAGCAUGGGGAAGUCCCUCGGUGGUGGUGUGGCAGCCGCUGCACUUGCUGAAGCUCGUGCUGCCGCAGAAGCGAGAGUAGCAGAGAGGAACAAGAUCAAUGAAGAACAGGUCACGGAGUCAGAAGACUUCUCCACGCUAAACGCUAAAGAAUCCCAGCCGGCAACUGCAGAUGUUCACUCUGACAUCGUGACUAAUGAGAGCCCGGUAGCCCUUCAAUCUGUGUCUGCAGCGGAUGAGAGUGUCUCAACAACCCCACCCAACUCCCCACCUCCCACCCGUACUUCUGGCUCCAGCUUCGUUCCUCCUCCUGGUCCAGUGUUUAAUAGGCAACCUCCUCCAGUGUUCAUGCCUCCUAUCUUGAAGCAGAUCGCACCCCUCGCAAAAGAAUUCUCUUUCAAUUUGCCAGCAACAACCUUUACGCUUCCUUCACCAAUAUCCCUGGGUCUAGCGGCAAGACUUACAUCGUCUCCUUCGUCGCGUCUUCCACAGGCAGGCGGUAUGCAACAAUCUUCGCAAUUAAACACAUUGUCGGAUGCUGUCUUUGAUCAAGUGGAGGACAUUCCAGCCUGGAUGCCCUCUACCCAAGACGCUGAAUACGCAGAUGGUUCAGAAUCCCAGAUCCAUCGGGCAAAAUUUGCUACACUUGAAGAUGACGAUGAUGAUAGUUGGCCUCUUGAGGAGAAGUUGGCCGCAAGCGAACAGGGAUGGACUGCUUUCAACUUCAAUAACAAGGAGGACAGCAUGACAUGGAGUUCACUUCCUACCGAAUCUCAGGGACUCACCAGAACCAGAAGUGACCUGACUGGUAAUUCAGUGAGAAACGCAGUGCAGCGAGAUGAGGGGUCCAUAAUCCCCAGUACCUUGCCCAUGGAUAUACAUGGUGAUGCGGCUCAGCUUCAGGACAAUGAAUCCAAUGUCUCCGAACCGGAAGCCGACCCAGAGUCAAUUAUGUAUACGAGCGAUCUGGGCAAUGUCCUCAAGGCUGGCCAGCCGACUAUUACUCUUAUUGAGUCUGGUGGCAUUCCGCGAAGUGAGAGCCAAUUAUCCAUGGCUUCAACGUCUUCGUCUUCCCAGCAAUCACAGGCUGGAUUCUUCGGUCAAGCCACAAAGCUCGUCAAUAGUAUGCUUGGUACGGGCAAAAAGGCCAAGCCAGAGGUUAAGAGCCUACAGCUUGCAGCUGCGGCUGCGAAGAAGCAAGAAGAAGAAGCCAACAAAAAGGCCACCCGUCUCAAGGAGAUGGAGGCGAGGCGCCAGGCAGCACUUGCUCGCAAAGCAGAUGAAGAGAAGUCACGUGCUGUUGAGGAGGAAAAAAAGAUCAAGGAGGAAUCCGAGAAGCGCAAACGCGAGCGCGACGAGACUACGGAAAAGCGGCCUCUCAAAACUGCUGUGCUUAAGAAGACGGAGGAAGACGCGACGAAGAAGCGGAAGAUCACCAUCGACGAUAAGAAACCCGAAGUUAAAAAGCCGCCUUCAAAAGACAAGAAGGAUACUCUUCCUUCCAAGUUGGCGAAAUCCAGUUUGGUCACUCCUGCAGCAAAAGUUGGUUCUGCUUCCAAGAACAUCAAGGUCCCCGUGUCAUCUGCGCUUGUGUCAUCUGCGACCUAUAAUGCCUCGCAGAAUGUCGCUGGGUCAUCAGCAGUUAAAUCUGCAACUACCGAAGUGAAAUCUACCAAAGUUGGUCCUCCCAAGGGAAAAGCUAAGGUUGCACCACAGGAGAACGAAGAUAAGCUUCCGUCCGCCAUGGUGCAGAAUCAGAUGGCAGCACGUGCGAUGGCCCAGAUACGGGCAGCUAAGCAACAGCCACCUGAAGUUCCCAGCGAGAGUAUUGAACUUCCUGACAUUAACAGCGAAUACUCUGACUCGGAAGAUGAAGAUCGGCCACGGACGUUUGAUCCUCCUGAUUGGGCCCAGUCACCGGAGCUCCGACAGGCGUUGCAAACGCAAAGCACAGUUAACCCAGAUGACAUAUUCGGAGCGAUACGGCCACUGCGAAUGGAGGAGUUGUUCAGGACGAGACAGAGCCGGUUUAGAGCACGGACGAGUUCAGCAAAUUGGUCAGGUUCGGACCGACUGACGGUUGAAGAGGAACGAGAGUAUGCCCGUCGCAUGGGAUUUACCAAACAUGUAUCCUGACCCUGUAUCACCAUUUAUCUCUUCUUUUCGACAUGCAUGUACCACACAUCCUUGGUUUCGUGCAGUAUAUUUAUUUCCUCGCUUCAGUAGCAAAA